AUGACACCAUCCGAACCAAAGUGGCAGCCUCGCGCCAUCAUUUUUGAUCUCCUUACCGGUCUAAUCGACUCUUGGACCUUGUGGGAUACGUCGACUCCCUCCAAGAGCGAGGAAGAAGGCAGACGCUGGCGCGGUCGUUACCUCGAAAUCACUUUCGGCGCAGGCGCUUACGUACCCUACGAAACCCUCGUCAGACAAGCCGCGUCUGAUGCUGGCCUGCCGAGCUCAGCUCCAGAUUCUCUACUUCAGAAUUGGCAAAAUCUGAAGCCUUGGCCCGAAGCUGCCUCCGUACUCCAGACGCUCAGAUCUCAAGGCUUCCAGCUAGGCGUGGUGACCAACUGUUCGAAAGAUCUGGGGCAAUUGGCUACCCAGCAAGUUGAGAAGUAUGCCAGCUUGGAAGGUGACAACCAGUUCAAGUUCGAUGCCACCAUUACGGCUGAAGAGAGUGGGUUUUAUAAACCGGUCAAUAAGGCAUAUCAGGCCAUUCUAACCGCCAUGGGCCUUGAGGCGAGUGAGGUGUUGUUUGUCGCUGGCAGCGCUGGAGACGUCGAGGGCGCGACAAACGCAGGAAUGAAAGUCGUAUGGCACAAUAAAGUCGGUUUGACUACAAAGGGCGAGGCAGUGCCGCUUCGGGAAGGGAGCACUUUGACUGAAGCUUUGAAGGAUUACUUGAGGGUGGACAAAUGA